UAUUUUUCCUUUUGGAAGUCCUCACAAUCAUUUUGCCCGGAUUUUUCCAGAUAUCCGCAAUUUUAUAAAACGAAGCCUUCCCAAAUUUGACCUUAUUGGUCUUGAACAUUUGUAGCAACCAGAGAGUAGUUUAUUUGAGACGUACAUUUGUGUUAUUUGUGUACUUUUGUCGAAAUAAUUUCGACGCCAUUUUUUAGGCGGACACCAACAAUAUUGUUCAACACUCAAGUGCACAGUGCACUGCACUAGGGUUAACCCUUUGAGCGUGAGCUACACAGCUGCUUGGAUAAUUCAACACUUUUAACCAUGGAUGGUUCAAAUUUAUCAUCAUCGGUAGUCUCUGACUGUUGCGCUGAAGAACCUAUGGGAGUCGGCCAUGUUCGGCAAUCGUUAGGUCAACUCGAAUUAAAAGACACACUCCACGUUGAUUCAUUUGUUGUAAUCCCCAGAAGCGAGUGCCAUUCUCGUGAUAAGAUUGCGAUAGAUCCUGUUCUUACACGCAUUCAAAAGAAAAUUGGAACGGACUCUGGGUUCACACAGUCGAUUUGCACGACGAGUUUAGACUCUGCCUACGGUGACAGCAUCACGUCACUCCGAUCGGUUGGUUCAAGCAUUGACAGUUCUUUAAAGGUGAAACAGUCAAUGCCACUUGAACCGUUGACAGAAACGGUGACGAAAGGACUUGAUGAAGAUUGUUUUGAUGAAGGCAUCGAGGAGGAUGUUGCUGUGGGGGAAUCUGGUGAAAGAGCUGUUCUUUGCAAUUUCGACGAGGCCGUACCGUGUCCUAAUGAUUAUGGGACACUUGAGAAGAACCAAGAUGGAGAUACCAUUCUACAUCUGAACAUCAUCUACAUGCUGACGCAACGAGCGUUCGAGAUAAUUUCAAAAGUCUCGAACCGAGACUGUCUCAAUCUUGAGAACCAUAUGAUGCAAACUCCCCUGAUACUGGCAGCCCUUACGAAACAAACGAAAGUCAUCCGUCGCCUCAUGGUGGCAGGAGCAGACAUUGAAAAGACGGAUCGUCAUGGUGAUACAGCACUCCAUGUGGCGAGCCGGAAUGGCGAUUUACAAAUGGUGAAGCAGAUCACAAAGCCAAUUUCUGCCGAAGAAGUGCGAAUGUACCCUUGCAAGUACCCGACGCGUGUGCAGAGAAUACCUCAGGACUUGAAUGCCAGGAACUAUGAUGGUUUAACCCCAUUCCACCUUGCAACAAUAGAAGGUCAUCUUGACGUCAUGGCGGAGCUGGCUCGUCUUGAUGCUGACGUUGAUGCUCAGGAGGGGCGAAAUGGAAAACGGGCAAUCCACCUGGCAGUUGAAUUAAACAAUGAAAGCACCAUACGCCAUCUGGUGGAAGAGUGUGCAGUUGAUAUCGAUGCAACGACAUUCUACAACCUGUCACCAGUGAUGUUGGCCAAUGAAAAGCGGUUCCAUCGUGUCGUCGAGUAUUUAGUCCAGUGUGGUGCCGAUCAUUCUGACCUUGAUUGUUCGGAGUUGGAAGACGACAGUGAUGCUUCGGAAGAUAUUGAGAUGUUUGAUGAUUUCAUGAUCAACGGUGAGCUGGUCCAGUCUUGAACCAUUGGAGCAAUGUCAUAUUGGCAAGAGAGAGUAGUGGUAGAAGAGGGCUCACUAGACACCAUGGGGUGAUGGGUGCCCUCAUAGAGAGUGUGAAACCAUUCCCGAGAGAAGAUGGUGGAAAGACAUGUCUCCAGGGCGACAUGGAGGUGUGUGGACAGUACCAGGAAAUAAUCAGAUUUGUUUUCGCUGGAGAUUAACGGAAUUUUGCGAUUUUUCUGAGAGUGACUUGGCCAAUAUGGGUGUGCUGCUGCAUGUGAUAUAAAAAAAGAAAAGCCACAUGCCUACUUCAUUUGGGCUGCGAAGCGUUUUUGACAUUAGUAAGACAGGAUUAGUACCUAGUCGGUAUGGCGAUAUCCUUAGGUACUGGUUAUACUUCUUUAAGGCCUUUGAAUCAACACCACAGUCAACAGAAGUUGGAACGAUCUAAGUGUCAUUACCAGACUUUGUAUCCGGUUAUGCCAUCACCAAGGUAUACUUGUAUCCAGAUGCUAAGUCUGGAUAUUCGGUUCAAAUUUCUCCUGACUGCAGUGCUGAUUCAAUGUUGAAAAUACUAGUCUUGGUUCCACUACAGGGUUUAGAUCCGUUUCUAUCGCAUCCGCAUCAGGUCCGAACUUAGCUUAGUCCGGACUAACGAAUGUGGUGCAGUUCGACUACAGGAUUGGUAAGUUAACAGGUACGGCUACAGGCGGCGCCACUCUAUGCGCGUUAGGUGUUGUUUUGACAGAACCAACACUUCCGCUCAUGUGCAAUACGUUCACAUUGACACGCCACCUGUAGCCGUACUUAGUAACUUCAUCUUAAUCCGGACUAAUGCGGUUCCAUUACAGGUAAUUUCUGCUUUAGAUCCGGGUCUAUUCUAAGUUCGGCUUAAAUCCGCUUGUCCUAUCCGCACUUAAUAAGACCGGUCUUAGUGAGAGCCGGACUUGUUUAGUCCGGACUAGCUGUAAUGGAAUCACAACUAAUUCGGAUGUAGUCCGCACUUUCCUGUAGUGGAACCGCAACUACUAUGAGUCCCCUCACAGAAUCGGAGGCAGUGUUUGCAAUAAAAUAUCUUUGAAAUUGAAUUUGGAAUUCACGGAUUUAGUUCAGUUAAUCUCCAGCUAUAUUGUCUGAGUUGAGUGACUGCCAAACACUUCAGAUCCUGGUCAAAUUUCCUGGCUUGUCUAAAAGCAGUUUUGAAGAACUCGUAAGACAUUUUAUCAGAUGAGAAAACUAAAGGUUUGAUCUGUAUCAGUGAUGUAAACCUAUAAGAGUGGGUUGAAUCACCACACAUUGGUAGGGAAUAGCCUUUAACUACGCAUACAUGUGUACGUUUAGAAUGUGCUAUCAUUAUACUGGUCUGUCCGAGCUUUCUCAUAAACCACUCCUGUCAUGUAUCGUUCACAAGUCGAUUGUUCACAGAGCAUCACCAACAAGCAAGAAACUUUGAAGACCGGUCAGUCGAGUAUCCGGUUUAAAUACAAGUAUGAUAUCAGCAUGGUUUACCAUAGGUUCUCUAUUGUGACGGUUGGUACCAUGCAGUUUUAACAUACUCAUGUCCGGGCGAUCAUUCAAAGGAAACAGUUACGUGUUAUUCAGCUUCAUCACGUGAUUUCGAAAUCAAUGUUGGGCUCUACAUAAUCUUAUGUAGUGGUUGGUGGAUGUAGUCGGUCAUGGUACCUGGUGUGGUAUGAAUAUUUAGUUCUUAUAGUAUUUCUUUUGAUGUUUGUUGGAAUGUCAUUAUUAGUCAUUAAGUGUAGUAGACAUGAGGCUUUUAUCACAUUGGAUUCGUGGGAAGUAGUAGCAUACGCUAUGAAGCCAAAGUAGGGGGGUUUUUCAGUUACUCAUUUUGGACAAAAGUGCAUAUAAAAGUUUAAGAACUCUAUUUUGAUUGCAUUAACCCUGCUACUGUUUCUGUUCUGACAAAUUGUCACUAUUCCCUGUACCGUGAACAUCCUGACAGCAAGGUUAUUGUGUUCGUGUUGAAAUAUUGAAAGCACAAAAUAAUAAAAAAGUAAGUCCGCUUGGGCAAAACCAGUCUUCAUUUUCUCAUACAAGUGCAAUAUCGUGAGACAAGUACAAUAUUAUAAAUUUAUGCGAUGCACACAUCAGAAAUAAGUCGAUUAAAAACACUUGUUGGAUAGUCAUGGAGUUACAUUAUCAAGUCACUCGUGUUUUGAGCAAUGUGAAAAGUUCUACAAUGUACACUUAAACAGGGUUAUUCCAGGGGGCCUACAUUUUCAAUUAUGGAAGAUUUGCAAAUUUGUAAAUAAUUUUGCUAGUUAUAUUGGCUACAUAUUCAUUGGUUGAUAUUUUGUCUUGGUUUUCACCAAAAAUAAAUAUAAGACAGUAAAAUAGUCCACAA